CUGCAGCGACAGCUUGCGACGCCUUGCUUGUGUUCCCAUACCACACCGCCACCACUACACACGUUCGACGAAAUUCCCCCGCGAGUCCUCCACUAAGAUUCGCCCGCAUCUCCCUCCGAUUCCUUCCUCAAUUCCCGUUUCGAAAUCCGCCAAGAUCGGAGGCUCUCGCCGGAACCCCGCCGCGCUCGCUGUCCCGACCCCGUGCGGCCGGAUCUCCGGGCUCCAGGGUUAUUGAUGGUUCUUGGGAUCCGGAGGGCGAGGCGGCGAUGAGCAGGCUGGCGUCCGAGCUCCACCGGCUGCGGAGGUCGCCAUGGGAGGUGCUGUGGUCGGCGCUGGUAUCGUGCGGCCUGGUGCUCUUCUCGCAGCUCGCCGUGGCCAUAGUGCCCCGCCUCCUCCCCUCCAUCUCCCUCCUCGCCAUGCUCCCCGUCGCAGGUUUGGUAUUCCUUGCGACUAUUGUGGUGGGGAGGUUAUGGAGGAGGUUCAUCGGAGUGGGGGCGUCGGCGCCGCUGUUCGUGCUCUUCAACGUCCUCUUCUUGUGGGGUGUCUACAUAUUCGUCAUACGGAGAGACACCUCUUCUCUACUAGACAUGCUCAUUAAUGCUGAGUGCGCACUUCUUCUGUGGGGACUGUACAGGAUUCUUUCUGGUGAUCCUGGCAUUGUUGCAUACGAAUCUUCAUUUUUGGAAGAAGCUGGCUGCAAGGAUUUCGUGGAUGCCAUAUGCUCGAGUGAGAAGCAUCCAUCGCUCUCAAGGGUGAGGCAAUGUAACUGUUGCAAAGCAAAUGUUAGAGGUUAUGACCAUCAUUGUCCUGCAUUUGGUAACUGCAUAGGACAGAAAAAUCAUAGGCUGUUUAUGGCACUUUUAACAGGAUUUGUUGUUGCUGAAUCAACAUAUACAAUGUGCUCAACUAAAUAUAUAUCUAGAUGCAUAAAUUCAGGAACUAUAAGAACUGAGAAUCCCUUAUCUCUAAACAUGGUGAUUGGCGCAAUGCUCUUCUCAGUCCUCCAAGUGCUAUGGCAGGUCGUGUUCCUGAUAUGGCAUGUAUACGGCAUCUGCUUCAACAUCAAGACAGAUGAGUGGAUAAACUGGAAGAAAUAUCCUGAAUUCCAGAUGAAGGAACAGCCUCAGUCAGAUUGUGGAGUCAAGUUUGUCAACCCAUACGACAAAGGCAUGCUUUGUAACAUUAGGGAGUUCCUGAAGCCGAAAUGAUACAAGUUAUUAAAUCUCGGGUAGCGAGACCUGACUUAUGUGAAGGCAAAACACAAGAUAUUCUUAAACGGACCAAAGAUCGAAGAACACCACUCAAGAUUCCUGAAGAUAAAUUAUUCUUUUGCCUGUUACUGCAACACUGAUUCAUAUUCAUUGGUUUGUGCAUCGUUUGGACUUUCUGGCAGUCUGGUGGCUGCCAUAAUAGACAGUCAACAUUCUUUGAAAAACCACUUUUGAACGGGAAACUGCAUGCUGAUGAAUGCCAUGUCGCCGCAAGCACGCUACAUCUUGUAGCUCUAGAAAUUGAUUAUUUAUCAGUAUGGUAAUUCACGUUGUAUUCCUGCACGUGGUAUGCACUGGUACAUUUCCAUGUUCUGUUUGCCAGACCUGACCGGUUCAUUCCGUUGUGUCGAUGAUACUGUAGUAACAAUUGUUUCAUAUGUCGAUGCCUCUUGCUGUCA